UUAAUUAAACGGCACCUACUACGCAUGUGCCGCUCAUAACUGAGAUUGACCCCUUUGCCAUCACAAAGUCGUUAAAUCCAGAAAGAAUACACAAUCAGUAUGCAUGAUGCACAACCUAUCGUAACAUACUGCUUUAUAUUUAUUAAACUUCGGUGUGAAAAAGCAAAAUCCUUGAAUAAUGCGAGACCUAAAGGGUACAGAUAGAUAACUUGUGAGCACACCAUGUCAUAGAGUACCCUUUAGGCUUGUUAGGAAUCGAAUACAUUAUAUAUCAUUUAGCAGCAAGCAGAACACACAGAGAGUUGGAUAUAUAUGGAGUUGAAGGUGAAGGUAGAACGUGUGGAAGAUAAGGAAAUGUCAGAACCGGUGAGCCCGACCGGCCAGUACUUCAACAGCUCGGUGCUUUCCAUUUCUGUUAUUAGCAUCUUGGAGUUUGACAACCCCAUUGAUGACUCUUCAAGCCUUGCACUCAUUAACGAUGUCUUUCUUCCCAUUAACCCUCGUUUCUCUUCUAUUAUGGUUGAAGACAAAGAGGGAGUGAAACACUGGAAGAGAGUCGAAGUGAAGGCUGAAGACCAUAUCAAUGUUCCUUGUUUUCCCGAAGGUUUAUCACCGAAAUCUUACGAUCGUUACUUCAAUGAUUACCUAUCGAAAAUGGCAAUGGAUCCACUCCCACAAACAAAGCCUUUAUGGGAAAUUCACAUCAUCAAGUACCCAACAAGCAAUGCAUCCGGAAGCGUUGUGUUCAAGCUUCAUCAUGCACUUGGUGAUGGUUUCUCUCUUAUGGGUGCGCUUCUUUCGUGUCUACAAAGAGCAGAUAACCCUUCUCUCCCCUUGACAUUUCCAAAUUUUCAGAAAGCUGUCAAGCUAGAUAAAGAAGAAAAGAGCUUAAUAAGUGUAGUACCACAGGCUCUUAGUGGUGCGAUAAAUACAGUUAUGGAUUUUGGUUGGAGCCUUUUAAAGAGUAGUUUCUUGGAAGAUGGUCGAACUCCGAUACGUUCAGGCGAAGAAGGGGUGGAGUUGAAGCCGAUCGAUAUUAUGACGAUGACAUUCUCUUUGGAUCAAAUUAAGCAAAUUAAGUCGCGUCUUCAAGUGACAAUAAAUGACGUAGUUACUGGAAUGAUCUUCCUGGGGACUAGAUUAUACAUGGAAGCAACAAAUGAAGAAUCAAGAAACGCAAUGUCCACAGCAUUGGUGUUGCUUAACACUAGAUCUAUUGGUGGAUACAAGUCUGUGGAUGAAAUGGUUCAAAACGAGGAAGCUGAAAUUCAAUGGGGAAACCAAUUUGGUUUCUUGCAUGUUUCAUUACCCGAGCUACACGAAUACGACCACUCAUUGAAUCCACUCAAAUUUGUUCAAGAAACACAGAAUACAAUCAAGAGGAAGAGAAACUCCUCUGGUGUUUAUCUCACUGGAAUGCUACUUGACUCUGUGAGAAAAUAUAGAGGUCCAGAGGCGACAGCUGAAUACAUUCACAGCACGCUGAAGAAUUCAAGCAUGACUGUGUCAAAUAUGAUUGGGCCACUUGAGAAGAUGACUCUUUCUAAUCAACCAAUUAAAGGGUUAUAUUUCAUGGUUGUCAAUGUUCCACAGAGUCUUACGGUGACAGUAAUGAGUUACAUGGACCAGCUGAGGAUGGCAGUAGGAACCCAGAAAGGUUUCAUAGAUCAUGCGAAGUUUCGGACAUGCAUUGAAAAGGCUUUUACUAUGAUGUUUGAUGCUGCACUUAAGUGUAAAUGAAAAGAAAGUACAUACAAAUAAUCUUGAUCCACGGUUUUCAUAUACUUUAAAGUUCACCUCAAGCAAAACCUCAUAAAUCAUUUUAUAUUAAAACCAAUAAUCUCUGUGGUUUUUAUAUUUAUCUAUAUUGGAACGUGUUUCUUCGGAUGAUCUUAUACCAUAAUUAAGUGCCCAUCUUCCUUUUGGUUAUUUAUUGAUGUGACCAUGAUGUAAUAUCUAUUUUCAUUCUUGUUAUUGAUUGUUUAAUUUCUUUUUGUAAUUUUCAAUGUUGCUUUUGUUUUUACUUUUGAUGGUUUAUUUGGAAUUUCCAUAUAAAUCAGAAUUGUUAAUGUUUGUGUGUACAUGUAGAGGGACAACUUUUUCGAACAUAAUUGAGGGUGUGUUUGAUUUGACUUCUAAUUGGGUCCAAAAGUGGAUCGAGUCCAAAAUAUUCAAUUGACAUGUUUGAUACACCUUCUAAAAUAUUGCACUCGGUCCAUUAAAGUUGGUUGAUUCGGUCCACGA